CACACACACACACACACACACACACACACACACACACACUCUCGGAGAGAGAUGGGAACUGAGAGGCUUCUCUACGAUCAAGUUGAUCUUCAAGACAGGAAUGAACUCGUAUCCGUUUGUCUUGUGAAUAAUGCCGAUGGAAUCAUCACAUGCGUUGUUUUGGUGAUGAAGAGACGUUCACAUUCUGAGGGAAAGUCAAAAUUAGCCGGACAGGCAAAUUAUGAAUGAAAAUUUUGAAGAAAUAAGCCCAAAACGGGAAACACCGUGUUUAUUCGCUAAAGACAACAACAUUCGUAACGCGAGUUACGAAUUCACAUCUUCUCUCAGGACUGUCAGUAUGUCUAUGGGCGGUCAUGCUGUGGCCAGCUGCCUUUCUCUCACUUUCACCCUCCUGCUCCACGUUUUGGAUGUGUGUCUGUGCCACCAAGCAGAAAACGGAUGCCCAGAGAGCUGUUUCUGCUCAGAGAGUGUCGACGGCGGACUGAUGGUCCGUUGUAGUGACAUGCACUUGAUUGCAGUUCCACGUGACCUUCCGAACACUACACAGCAUCUAUACCUAGACAACAACCUGCUGCUUACCAUACCAGCCGACGCCUUUAUAGGACUCCCACUACUGUUCAAAUUAGAUCUUUCCCACAACAGGUUGGCUUACCUGGAGCCUGGAGCCUUUCAAGACCUUGCAGACUCAUUGAGCAGCCUGGAUCUUUCUUCUAACCAGCUGGAGACCCUGGACCCCAAGGCGUUUGGCGACCUUAGAGCCCAGACUAACCUCUCUCAUAACCCUUGGCUGUGUGACUGUCGUCUGCAGCUGGCUAUGCCACAGCUGCUUUUGGAUCCCUCCUCCCUCACUGAGGUGGUGUGCAACACCUCUGAACCUGAAGCGCUGGGGGCUCAAGGAAUGCCCUUCAUUCUGGUGGCGACUGAUCUUGACUUCUGCACAGCAAUCCAGAGGACCAUUGAUGUGGCUAUGCUGAUAACAAUGUUUGGCUGGUUUACAAUGGUUAUAUCCUAUUUAGUUUACUAUGUAAGGCACAACCAAGAAGAGGCAUUUCGCCACCUCGAGUAUCUCAAGUCUCUGCCCAACAGGCAGGGCAGAUCUGAAGAUUCACUUAACACCAGGCUGUAACACAAUUAUGAAUAACAGGGUUAAUAUUGCAUAUCAACAUUUUUUUAUUUUUCUAUUGAUUUUAUUGAUGUCUCUGUAUAAAAGCACAAAUAAAAAACAACCAAAUAUAUAGAGAAAGUGAGAGUAAAGACUUAUGUGAUGUUACAAAAGAUUUCUAUAAAAAUAUGUAUUGUAUUUAAUAUAGAAUAAUAUUUCUAUAUAAAUGGUAUUCUUUUGAAUUUAAUAUUCAUCAAAGAAAUGUAUUCAGAAAGAAGUCUCACAGUUUCCCCAAAAACUGCUUUCAACAUUGAUGAUAAAAAAAUAAAACUGAUUUCUGGAGGAUCAUGUGACACUGAAGACUGGAGUAAUGAUGCUGAAAAUACAGCUUUGACAUCACAGGAACAAUUUUUUUAUAUAAAGUCAAAUAGAAAGCAGUUGAUUUAAA